AAAUGACUGAGUACUGGAAGAGUAAUGAGAACUGGUUCUGCAAGUACUGCAAAUGCUGGGUUUCCGACAAUCCUGUCUCAAGACAGAUUCAUGAAAAUGGAACACGACACAAGCAGAGCGUUGAGGAGAAACUAUCUGAAAUCAGAAGAAAACAGAUCCAAGAUGUCAAGGUUGCUAAGGAUGAAUCUCAUUGGCUGAAGAAGAUGGAGGAAGCUGCUCUUAGAGAUUACAAGAAGAAAGAUAUUGCUUCAAAUAGAGAUUUUACUGCUAAACUUUACAAUAAUGAGGAUCUUCCUGAUGUUGAUGCUAAGUAUGAAAAUAUCAGGAAAUCGAACGAAGUUGGACCCCGGUUGCCCGGAGAACCUGAACCAAAACAUCUGAAGUUCGAACAUAUGCUGAAGGCAGGAGAGGAGAGGGAGGAUAAGGAGAAAGUGAUUGCCCCGGUUAAAGCCUCCUCGUCCGGGACUAAAUGGCAUAACCCGGCACCGCCAAAGAUGUGGUACGAGGCCAGGAGUGAUGAUGGGACGGUUUAUUUCUGGAAUACAAUUACAAAAGAGAGUAGAUGGGAUGCUCCCCCGGGUGGAUAUGUAUCUGUUGAAGAACAAGAAGUUCAUAUCACCAAGAAGGAACAGAAGAUUGCAAAGAAGGCUCAGUUGAUAACUGAGCAGAGAAAGUUACAUUUAAAGAAGAAAGAAGAUGAACCAGAACCAAUCAAGACUGAUCGAUAUGGUGGAAGUGGAUGGAAAACUGUAGAAACUCAAGCUAAAAACACCGUGGACUUAGGUCUUCCAGCUCAUAGUGAGGGUAGAUUACAGCCUGUGAUUAAAGCAACACCUGACAGACAGUACACUUUCAAGGAGAAAACGAUUGAAAGCUUAGGAGAAGUGGUCGGAGCCAAACCUGUCAUCACCUUCAGGAAAAGAAAGAACAACGCAGUUCGGGAAAGAACAGAUGAUGAUUGAGCUUGAUGAUUGAAAACAAAUUUGUUGAAUAAAAACUUAAAAUGUACCUUUUUCCGAUAUUUCAUUCGGGAAAUAACGCUGUUUUUGUAAUAAAUCUUAGAUCUUGUAGAAUAUAGUGUUUUUUUAGUUAAUUAAUUUUAUUCCUGAAUUACGAAACUGAAAAUUUUACUUUCUGAUAUAAUUGCAUUUUGCUUGUUUCAAGUUAUGAAAUAAAAAUCAACAAGAUUUGUA